GUACGGUCCUGACGCUUUGCACCUUCCAUCAUCACACACUCACUCUAAUCACAGAGAAGGGGAAAAUGGCGAAAUCACUAGAAAUGGAGCAUCCAAACAAAGCUUUGGGCUGGGGCGCUAGAGACAAAUCCGGCGUCUUGUCGCCGCUUCGGUUCUCCAGAAGAGACAAUGGUGACGAUGAUGUUACUGUGAAGAUCCUUUACUGUGGGGUUUGCCACUCCGAUCUGCACUCACUCAAGAACGAUUGGGGAUUCACCCAUUAUCCCAUCAUUCCCGGGCAUGAAAUUGUGGGAGUUGCUUCAAAGGUUGGAAAGAAUGUGACCAAAUUCAAAGAGGGAGACUGCGUGGGGGUCGGAGUGAUUGUCAACUCGUGUCAAUCGUGCGAGACGUGCGAGCAGGACUUGGAGAACUAUUGUCCCCGAGUCGUGUUCACUUACAACUCGCACGACCGUGAUGGAACCAUGACAUACGGGGGAUAUUCCGAUACUAUCGUGGUGGACCAAAGAUUCGUCCUACGCUUUCCCGAGGGGUUACCACCCGAUGCCGGUGCUCCACUGUUGUGUGCAGGGAUCACUGUUUACAGCCCGAUGAAAUAUUACGGGAUGACGACUGAACCCGGGAAACACUUGGGAGUGGCUGGACUUGGUGGGCUCGGUCACGUAGCUGUCAAGAUCGGUAAGGCCUUUGGCUUGAAAGUUACUGUAAUCAGUAGAUCUCAGGCUAAAGAGAGCGAAGCCAUCGACCGGCUUGGUGCUGACUCGUUCCUUGUCACUACCGACCCACAAAAGAUGAAGGCUGCGAUGGGGACGAUGGAUUUCAUAAUCGACACUGUCUCAGCAGUUCAUAGUCUCUUCCCAUUGCUCGGACUGCUCAAAGUGAACGGAAAGCUAGUCACUUUAGGACUACCUGAGAAGCCGCUCGAGCUGCCCAUCUUCCCUUUAGUUCUCGGAAGGAAGAUGGUGGGAGGAAGUGAUAUAGGAGGAAUGAAGGAAACGCAAGAGAUGCUCGAUUUCUGCGGGAAGCACGGCAUCACAGCCGAUAUCGAGCUGAUAAAGAUGGACGAAAUCAACGUGGCGAUGGAGAGGUUGUCGAGAUCGGACGUCAAGUACCGAUUCGUCAUCGACGUCGCCAACUCCUUGACUCAGCCGACGGCUUCGAUCUAAAAGACGGAAACCACUUGUGGCUUCGUUUCGUUAUUCGUGGUUGGAUACGGACAUCGUGUGUCUCUGGUAUCAUGUGUUUUAUUUGCGAGGUCUUUAUAUUCCUUCUCAUUCCCAACUUUGGUGAAAAUGGAUGUGAACAUUGUGUCGUGUCUAUGAUACCUUGUGUGUGUGUUUUUAUGGGAUUAACCCUUUAAUAAAUACUGUUGGAUGUGGACAUUGCGUCUCCCUGCUUAA